AUGCGAUACACACCGGCCGGUUCUACUGUCGCCGAUGUUCCCCCAUUCACACCAGAAGAGUUGGCCAAGCUUCCACACAAUGAUGCCGCUCCGAUAUUGGUGGCCAGUCUCUGGUUGUUGGCGUCUCUCGCAACAGUCUUUUUGACGCUGCGAGUGUAUUGCCGGUUUUUGAAAAGGCAGUAUUUGUGGUGGGAUGAUGGGAUAUUGAUUGCUUCAUGGGUCUGCGUGAUCAUCGAGUCCGCCAUCGUCACACACACCACCAAGCUCGGGUAUGGCUAUCAUAUCUGGGAUUUUGACUCCUCCAACAACUUGGACUCAUUAAUCCUACCCGCCAACGUGGCCAACACCUUCCUCGUCACCGGCGCAGUCUGGAGCAAAACCUCCUUCGGCCUGACCCUACUGCGCAUCACCGAGGGCUGGUACCGGAAAUUCAUCUGGUUCUGCACCAUCUCCAUGAACAUCGCCAUGUUACUGUCUGCACUAUUUCUCUGGACGAGCUGCACGCCCAUCCAGAAGACGUGGGACACCGACGUGAAGGGGUCGUGUUGGGACCAGAAAACGUCGGCGUACUACAACAUCUUUGCGUCGGGGUACUCGGCGCUGAUGGAUUUCACCCUGGCGCUGUUGCCGUGUAGAUUUCUGUGGACGUUGCCGAUUCAGAGGAAGGAGAAAGUCGGCGCCGGCCUGGCGAUGGGUAUGGGUGUUGUGGCUGGGAUCAUGGCUGUCAUCAAGACGACUAAGAUCCCGGCUGUUUUGUCGACUGAUUUCGCGGACACCGUCCCCCUCUGGUGCUGGGGCAACGCCGAGAUCAGUUCCUCCAUCAUCGCCGCCAGCAUCCCCAUGCUACGCGUGCUGGUGCGAGACGCGACCUCCUCCUCGCGACGCAACAGCAGCAACAGCAGUUUCUACGACAAAGAGAGCGGCUUCAUUAGCCGGGCGCGCAGUCGUGAUGGUGGUGCUGGCAACGGUAACGGCAACAACAACAUCAGUAACGCUGAACGGGGGGCUGGAAAUGGAAUUGGAAACGGGGGUAGGAAUGGGAAUGGGGGUCGGAAUAGGGAUCGGAAAGGGAAUCGCGCGAGAUCAGCGACGGUUGCGAUGGGGGGAAAGGAGAUGGGUUAG